GCGAAAUCCUAUGUCCAUAAAUAAUAUAAAGGAAAGGGUGAAUGGGCUCAUUAUCCUUUGCUUUCAUGAUAACGGAGAAUUUUACAAUAGAAAACUAUGAGUAAGUAACAUGGCCGUUGGAACGGCGUCAUAAAUACCUUCUGACGUUGUUUAUAUUUGUGCACAUUAGUGAACCUUUAAUUGAAUUGCCAUCUGCGGUCUCUGAUAAUAUAAUGUAAUCUACAAAAACUGUUUAACAACCACCAAAGUUUGAUAAUGUUUUAAAAAUAGUGCAUUGAAAACAUGUCUAACAAUGCUGUCGGCUCGUCGGGGCCAGCUCCCGGCAAAAUACGUGGUCCAGGAAGGCCUCCAAAGCGUACGUGUACUUGGUGUGCUGAAAGUAAAACACCGUUAAAGUAUGUCCUGCCAACUGAAAAUGGUAAAAAGGAGUUUUGCUCAGAAACUUGCCUUUCGGAAUUUCGACAAGCUUACAGCAAAGGCGCUUGUCUUCAUUGCGACAAUGUCAUUCGAGGUAAUGCUCCCUCAAGCAGUAAGAACUUUUGUUCCACAUACUGUCUCAAUAAAUAUCAAAAGAAGAAUGAAAAACGAACAACAUCGCCACAGUCUGGCAAUGGUGCUAAUGGAUCAGAAAACCAUGCAAAUAAUAAUUCUACCGGAGCAUUUUAUGAUAUUUAUCAAGCUUUUGAUUGGAACGAGUAUAUGAAAAAAACAAAUAGUGUGGCAGCACCUCAGGAAUGUUUUAAACAAGCACCUAAUCCACCUGUAAAUGACUUUAAAGUGAACAUGAAGCUGGAGGCUCUGGACCCACGCAAUUUGACUUCAACAUGCAUAGCUACAGUAGUGGGAGUUCUUGGUCCUCGUCUAAGAUUGAGGUUAGAUGGUAGUGAUAAUAAAAAUGAUUUUUGGAGACUAGUUGAUGCUGGAGAUAUUCAUCCUAUAGGACACUGUGAGAAAAAUGAUGGAAUGUUACAGCCACCGCUAGGGUUUCGCAUGAACGCAAGUAGCUGGCCCAUGUUCUUGCUGAAGACCUUAAAUGGAGCAGAAAUGGCCCCAGCUAAAUCAUUUCAGCCAGAACCACCCACUCCUCAAACAAAUACGUUUAUGGUAGGUCAGAAAUUAGAAGCUGUUGAUAAAAAGAAUCCACAAUUGAUAUGUUGUGCAACAGUUGGAGCAGUGAGAAAUGAACAGAUACAUGUUACAUUUGAUGGUUGGAGAGGUGCCUUUGAUUACUGGUGCAAGUUUGAUUCCCGAGACAUAUUCCCUGUGGGCUGGUGUGCCAGAGCCGGCCAUCCUUUACAGCCUCCUGGUCAGAAAAGUGCAACUGCACCUUCUAGAUUUAAGCUACGACCUAGUGGUAUACCAAAUCCAGCAUUACCUGAGGGUGGUUCUACGGGUACUAGUAAUUCUAAUAGCUCUGCUACGACAACUCCGGCUGCGAUUGUUCGCCUAUGUAUUCGCAGCAGUUGUUCUGGAGGCAGUAACCUUUUGCCAACUAAAGUGACAGGACCAGGGCCUUCCGGAGCUGCUGAAGCUCUUGCAAAGGAAUUAUUGAGUGUUCAUCCUGAUCCACCAAGAUUGACCCGAGCAAUAUUGACAGCUUCUAGUAGCUACUCGAAUAUAAAUAAUGUUCAGGUAUCAUCAGGAUCAAAAAAUUAUUCAGUUAAAGUUCCUUCUGAGUUGUCAAUUGACGAAUUGAAAAACUGGCUCAAAGCAGUAUGUGAAGGAGUGGGUUCUUGUGUUGGAAUGAUAGAAGUAGACACAGGUGAAGCCGCUGGCCGGCCCUGUUCACUUUGUGGUGAAUCUACCUCAAAUAAUAUCACUGCUUUAAAAAGAACGACUGAAGACCCUGAGGGUAACGUGAACGGUGGGGAGUCGUCGGGUGGUAAAAUGGCGCGCAUCUCCCCAGACCGGCCGGAACCCGCGUCAUCAACUACUGGCGCUCCACCUCCGCCCUCUCCCGCCUCGCUGCCCGCCGAUUGGUCCGUAGAAGACGUGAUCGGCUUCAUCGCCGCCGCUGAUCAAGUGUUAGCCGCUCAUGCAGACCUCUUCAGGAAACAUGAGAUUGACGGAAAGGCGUUAUUAUUGUUGAAUUUGGAUAUGAUGAUGAAGUAUAUGGGACUAAAAUUAGGUCCAGCACUGAAAAUUUGCAAUUUAGCUUCAAAAAUAAAAAAUCGUCGACACUAUAACACAUGAAUAGAUAAUAAUUAAAAUAAUCAAUGAACUCUUAGAGUCUGAAACUUCAAGUUUCGUAUUUUUUUAUUGUAUACUACUAAUAUGUAAGUAUUUUACUGCAUUUCCAAUAAUUGUGGUACAGUUUUAGCAUUUUCCUGAAUCAGAAUCUCUACGUGAAAUUUGCGCAUAAUAAAAACAUAUCGCUUAAUUACAUAGGUAUACCUGAAGAUAAAUUCGGGCUACCUUUAGCACUUUGGCUUUCAAUAAACAUUACAUCCAUUUUGACUGUACUAUAAUUAGUACUUCUUUGUGAUAGGUAAAAUUUGUUUCUUAUUGGAAAAACUGAUACAUGAAGAAGGAGCUGAGCCAAUCGAGGAUUACAAUUCAGUUUCCAUAGUUAGACUAUUAUUAUGAGCUUUUAACAUGAGACAAUUCUAACAUGAAAUAAUUCUAACAUUUUUUCAGCAGUGUUUCUUAAAUUGUUUUAAUGGUAGUGAAAUUAUACUUGCUCAUCAAUAUUUAAUUAAUAUUAAUAAAUUUUGUUUUUGCCUCUCGUGAGAUCAUAAUACAACCUUUGGUAUAGGCUAAGGCAUUUUUUUGGCUGUAGAAUCGUUUUCCGAAUAUAAAUUAGUCCUUUAAUGUAUGUAUUAAUAUAUUUUUAUACCGACUUUGUCGUUGUGGAUUUCUUUUCCCAAUAAAUUUUCUAGUUUUAUCACUGUUUCUCUGCCGUGUAUUAGAUACUAUACUAAUGGACACAUUUUCACAUUUCUAGUAAUAAUUACCUAAAACUUAUGUAAUGAGGCUAAAGAGAGUUUUAUGAGCAGCUUAUAAGUUAAUAAACUAUAAAUUUCAAAGUCUAAAUAAACCAGAAGUGUGGUAUUUUGUUAAAGAAUUUAAUAGACGAGUAAAACGAACUAACUCAAAACGAUUUCGAAGACGGAUUUGUCGCCUUGAUUUAAUAUCCUAUUAAUUUAUUUAUCAUUUAAGUAUGUGUCAUAGGGUUUUAGUUACUUACUUGUUCGCUAAUAAAUAAUACUAUUGUCGAUAUAAAAAUAUUUCCUCUUGUACAUUUAAAUUUUAAAAAGAAUAUGUAAAUAAAAAGUAAUCUGUGAGUGAAAUUGCAUUUAAUGUAGUGCUCAUCUUUUUGUGAAAUUUUUCUAAUAUUGUUAGUCUUAUUGGCUGUAUUUCUAAAAAUUUAAUAAGUUGUAUAUAUUAAUGGUAACAUUUUAAUUUGACUAGUCGCGAGUAAAAUUGUUGCCGGAAUGGUAUAAGUACCUAAUUAUUACAAAGUUUCAAAUUCAUAAACAAUGUACAGAUAUUCUAUGGUAGAUUAGGUCUUAGUGCCUUUCAAUAAUUAGAAGUACUUAAAAUGACCCCGUCUUAUCAUCACAAUAGAAAAAGAAACAUAUAUUUAUAAAUUAGUAACACCAAUAAAAGGAUAGCUGUGAUUUAUCAGUGCAGAAUAUUAUUAGAACUUAUGGAAUGGAUUGCAAUGGCUCCAUUCGUAAUUCAAUAUUAGAUUUUGAAAUAUGUAUUAUGUUCCUUGCUGUCGCCUGUACGUUUUGUAAUCUUGCAAAAAAAGUAUUUUAUUUAUAAUAAUAAUGUCCUAUUUAAUUUUUAUUUGCCAUUUGAAGCGUUACAAAUACUUAUAAUGUUAAAACAUUUCGUCAUGUGAUAUUUCAAUGUUAUCUGUUAUCGUGAUAAAUAAUUAAUAAUAAUAAUAUUAAAAUACUACGUUGAUUUAUUAUUAAUUAGUACGUGAUGUAUAUCUUAAGUUCUCUCAUGACAUAGAUAGGAAUUUAGUUAAACACCAUCGCCUAUGUUUUUUUGUAAAUAUCGGUAAACUAGCAUUUUAUUUCUGUAGUCUUUAUGUGACUUGAUUUUAUUUCGCAUCUAUCAUUUAUGGAUAAAAUUUAAUUUGUAUUUGAUAAUCAUUUGGCAACAUGUUUAAUUAUUCUUUAUUCCAGUCAUUUUUUAUCUAUUCUUUUUUUUAUAUCAAUUGUUUAAGUAAUAAAUAUGAUUUAAUUAAAAUGUGUACAUAUAUAUUUUUAAAAAGUUGGCUCAUUUGUUACGUGAAGUACAGUUCGAUUACAUUUUUGUGUAUAUAGGAUAAAACAAUAUACAUGAUAUGGGGAUACUAUUAUUUUAUUAUAGAGUUUUUAAUUAUUCUAUGUACAUAGGUGAAUAGCCAACUACAUAAAUGGAAACAGAUGUGUAUAAAUUAAAUAAAAAGCAAAUUAAAAAAUAUUAUUGGUGCUUUUAGUUUUGCCUCUUAAGUUGCAAUAUCAAAAUUAGAUGAAGGUAGGUACAUGUGUUGCAAUUUCGGAUUGUUGAAGUGAAAC